GUCGUUGCCUGGCGGCCUGACGCCGGUGUGCUGUGUAGACGGCAGCGGUAGCGCUGUGCCAUGGCGGCCCGGGGGCCAGGGGGCGGGGCCAGGGUCCGGCCGCUCUACUCGUGCGAGCACUGGGAGAUCGUGAAGCCGUCCGUCAGCGAGCUGUCCAGGGAGGUCCGCACCAACAUCCUGUGCACCGUGAGAGGAUGCGGCAAGGUCCUCCCCAACCCCCCGGCUCUCAACAUGCACCUCGUCAAAUCACACGGCGUACAGGAAGGAAUUACCAAUCCUACUUUACGGAAAGAUUUAAAAGCAUCCCAAAAGUUAUACUGCUGUCCAAUUGAAGGCUGUCCUAGAGGAACAAACAGACCUUUUUCUCAGUUCUCCCGUGUAAAACAGCAUUUCAUGAAAAUGCAUGCGGAAAAAAAGCACAAGUGUGAAAAGUGUGGAAGUUGUUACGGCACAGAAUGGGAUUUAAAGCGACACAUAGGGUACUGUGGGAAGACCUUCCAGUGCACAUGUGGUUGUCCAUACGCCAGCAGGACAGCAUUGUUAUCACACACACUUCGGAUGGGCCAUGAGAUUCCUGUUGAGCACAGGGAUCCUCCGGUAAAGAAAAGAAAAAUUGAAGCCUCAUUACAAACCCAGAAAACUAUAACUAAUGAAGCACUUUCAAGGCAAGACUUGUCUACUAAGAGUGCCACACCUGACCCGCAGAUGGUAGACUUAAAACCGUUGCCCUCUGUUGAAACUUAUAGUGGUUCGUCUACCACUGAGAACUCUUCGUUGCAACCAAAUAACACUCAAAAACUGCUGCUCCCUAAGCCCAAGCUGGCUUUCAUUAAAUUACCCAUAAUGCAGUAUGCCCACCUGCCUGUUUUUGUUUCACCUUCUGAAUGUUCUGUGACACCUAUGGUAGUUGCAGUCAAUGGUCGUGGGUCAACUAUGACUACUGUGCAAAUAGUACCUCACUACAAUGGAGCAGUUUUGCAAUCCCUGGAUAAUGAUGCAUCACAACCUGCUAGCCUUUCACUCUCUAAAAUGUCAAGUUGCAGUUCCCUCGGAGCUGUGAGUUCCUAUGUGCAAGUUAAUCUAGAUCAAUCCAUGUCUAAUGGUAAUAAUGAUGAAAUGGACAGACUUACUCAUAAAAACAAAAUAACAUCUGAUGUUCAGACUGACUUGUCCUACUUUGCUCAAAAUAUUUUGACAGAAGCAUCCUGGCCUUCAAAUGAGGCUUCACUGUCCUCUUCUUUUUCCCAAACAGACUUAUCAUUUGGUGCACAAGUUUCCCUACCUAUAAGCGUGGAGACCCAGACUUUUCAACAAAAUUCCAAGUUGCCCUUAAAUACGCAGAUGGACGUUUCUAACAAUGCUUGUUUUUCGUGUGGGAUUUCUAGAGAGACACAGACAAACAGUGAUUUGUUAAGAGAGAGCACCUUACAUGUGGACCAAGCUGUCAUGUGUGAAAAUAUUUUUGGCACUGGUAACUCGUUUUACACUGUUUCAACCCAAACAAGCCUGGUUGAAAAUAACCUUCUUGAAGGGUCACUGGACCAAAAUCUAAUCAAUGCAGAUGAAAUUAAAGGAAUGAGGGAAGAGUCCAUGAAGUCUGCAUCCUAUAUGAAUUUUAACUCCCAGAAUAGCACAUUCCCAUCGCAAAAUAUGACCGAUAACCAAACACAAACCAUGGAACUAUUAAAUGAUCUAGAAAAAAUCUUAUCUGAUAAUAUGUCUGGACAGUCUUUGGACAAUAGAAGUCUCUUGUCUGAAGUUGGCACUGGUGGAGAUUCUCAUUUAUCCUCAAACUGUAAUCCCAACCCUGGGAUAGAUUUUGACAUUGACGAGUUCUUUUCUGCAUCCAAUAUUCAGACUCAAACUGAGGAAAGUGAGCUAGGUAACCUGUCUUCUGAAUAUCUGGAUAUUGAAACUCAAACAGAUUUCCUGUUUUCUGAAGAUUCUACCCAAGCGUACAUGAGCAAAGGGACCUCCAAUCUUCUCGGUAUGGAGAUGUUUGACACUCACACACAGACUGAAUUGAAUUUCUUUCUUGACAACAGUUCUCAUCUACCACUAGGCAACAUCUUGAAACAAUCUAGUUUUUCGAUGAGCACGGACUCGUCGGAUGGUGAAUGUACCACAGAUGUACCUGCUGGGAGCAAAACCUUAGCUUGUCAUAACCUUGAAAGCCAGGUUCAGCAGAACAGUGCAGAGACCCAGACUACGAAUAGCUGCUUUGAAACCCUCAACAACUUAUUCUUGACGAGUAAUGAGACUCAAACUGCAAUGGAUGACUUUCUUCUGGCUGACUUGGCAUGGAAUACAAUGGAGUCUCAGUUCAGCUCUGUUGAAACUCAGACUUGUGAAGAACUUGUGUCCCUUUUCUCUGAAAAAUCUGAAAACUGAUCUGCGCGCCUCAAAACUACAAUGCUCAUAUAUCUGUAAAUGAGUAGUAUUUCUAAGUCCAAAAAAAUGCUUUGUUUCUCUUGGCUUCUGUUUGCUGCCUUGUUUUGCAUGUCUUACAGUGGCGUCCAGAAGAACAAAUGUGUGUCUCUAACUUUAACCUCUUAUGUAAUGUGUUGAAAGCCACAUCACCUCACAUGAGUAUACAGUGAUCUGCAUACGGCUACUAAAUGAAUGAAAUGUCGUCAUAGGAUUAUGCAUGUCUAUUGCCUGCCAUACAGUUUAGAGAUUUGGUCUAUUUUGUAUAAUGGCUGUAAUGCAUAGAGAAAGCACUUUAUUUUUCUUUUAUUUAUUUUUGUGGUUGUAACUUAUUUAAACAAUGAUAAAGAGUACAUGGCCAUAACAA